AUGGGAUUCCCCGAUUCCAUUCGCACGGCGGCAGCCACAUGGCGCUCCGGCCCCGAAUCAACCCGGAAGCCAGGGGGGCUCGCGCUCCUCUCCCCGCCUCUCCCUGCCCAGGCUCGCUCCCGCGGCCUCCUCCUCCUCCUCCUUCCCCCGCCCGGGAGCCGCGCACCGACCUCUGCCCGCCGGAGGGAGCUGGGGGCGACGGGUGCUGGGGCGGGCCGGGUAGGAAGACGGUCCCGGGCCGGCGGCGAGACCCGCCCUGCGCCUAGGGCGCAGCAGAACCCAGGGCGAGCCGGAGAAACGGCGCGCCUUUGUCCGAAAGCGGAGUCGCUCCCGGGAAGGACGGACUCUGGCCGAGUAAGUGCCUGCUUGGCUGUUGGGCUGAAUGGGGGGAGAGAGAGGGAGCAACACCCAGGCGAAAAGAGGCAGACAAUCCGCCUUUCUUUCCUUCUUUCGGCCCCUCUUCCCUUCCUCCAAAAGCGUUGCCAAAAGGAUCUUGGAUUCCUGCAAAACUUUUCGUUUUUUCUGGGCGUCCUCACUUGGACGCGCGCGCGCUCUUGCACUGAGUUGCCUUUUUAAAAUGCUUUCAAAGAUUCUCUCUCUCUUUCUUUCUCUCUCUCCAGUGUGACCCACAGGGGUGCCAACUCGAAUAAAAUAUUGGGGAGGGGGAGAGAAGAGAAGCCCUGCCCCACAUAUUGUAAUCGAUUACAAGGCGCACACUCCCAUUGGAAUGGCAGUGUCCAUUAACUUGGGGGAGACCCCCCUCAAAUAUUUUAUUGGGGGGGGGGCAAAGGAACUUCGGCCGCAAGGAAUUGGCUCAGAGAGAGGGGGGGUGUACAAUGUUACCCAUACCCAGAGCAUACUCAUUGAAGUGAAGGAACCUGGCAAAGUUAGGUUCCUUGAUUUCAAUAGGUCUACUUUAGGCAGGUCUUAGAUGGGAUGCCAGCCAGAUUAUGUUAUAUAUGCCAUUUGCCAGCUGCUUAGGAUACCUCUUUAAAAAAGGAGAACUCUGAGACAGGAUCUGUCAAUGUCCUUAAAUAUUUUGCUUCUUCUGUGUUGAUAACAAUACAGGACUGUUCCGCCUCAACUUUUUUGUAUCUUCUGGCCAACAGUUGAGAUUGGCCAAUACAUAGUGGUUUGUUUGUAGUGCUUUAUGGGUUUCAAUGUGAUUGGUUGUAUUGUUUAUAAACCAAUAAAGAUUGAAUUGGAAGAGGGGGGAGAGAAUGGCCAAUACAGAGGGCACUCCUAUGCCUUCUUAAGUUAACUCUGUAGGAUACAGUUGGGUCUACUUCUGAGUAAAGUCGCUGUAUUGUUCAGCCACCCUUCCCUUGUGGGUGAGUGGUGCUUUAGAUCAAGAAAGAUCUAUCUCUUUGCCAGCAUUGCUGCUCUGAUCAAUUAUUUUUUAACAAAAUAAAAUGGACCUGUGGCACACAGGGAUUGACUGAAAAGAAAUGGUGGCAGUGUUGGUCGAAAUAUGGAUUUGUGGUUUUGUGUUUGAACUAUGAGUCCUUCCGGAUGAGGUUUGCUGACUGAUGGGGAAGUUAGAUGACAUUCUAUCAUGCAAUAGUAAUCUCAUGCUUCCCAGAGCAUCCCCCCAUCUCGUCACUUCCCUUAUCACAGAAGGUCUGAAUAUAUAUAUAUAUAUAUAUAUGGAAGAAGGUUUGUUGUGCAAGAGCUCCAAUUGUGCAACCUGAACAUUUUUCUUUUUGGUGGGGUGGGGACCCUGCAAUCAUGUAGCCCAAGUGUUUCCUAAAUUGUGGUACGGAUGCCCCCAAGUGUAUGCAAAAGGGUUUUAAAUGGUACAGGGUAUUUGCCCUAGUCUAGAUAAAAUAGUGUCAUUAAAACUACCCCCAAAUUAUCUUUGCUUGAGAAGGCGUAUACAGGUAAGACUAAACUUUCAAAAGACGUACGUAAUUACCUCAAGUUUGGGAAGCAUUGCUGUCGCUCUUAGGACUUUUGAAACUGGCAUUAUUUGUUUCUGUAUGGCAGGGAUGUCCAACCGGUCAAUCGUGAUCUACUGGUCGAUCAUGGGGUGUCGCUGGUUGAUACCGGUCGAUCGCUCAACAACUUUGAUGAAGCUUCUCUCCAAAAAAGCUCAACAACUCUUGUCAAUCCAAUGGGUAGAUCACUGCCAGUUUUUUUUAUAGUGGGAGUAGAUCGCAGUCUCUUGAAAGUUGGACGUGCCUGCUGUAUGGCAUUUGCCAAGUUCUUCCCCAUCCCCAGUUUGAGGAUCUGAAACAAGUAUGUCAUCACUUCUUGGGGAUGACUAAACAACUGCUCAUCAGUUGUUCCCAAGCUUUCAUUUUUCCAGUUGCCGCUUGAAAAUUGCUAAACGGUUUUUCUGCCUGUUGUAGCAGCAAUUGUAAUGUGCUCUGCUAGAUGGUGUGGGAUUUUUAAAAAUUGUAUUAAGUUUGCUUCUUUUAUUUUGAAUUCCAGAGAAUUUGGAUCACAGUACAAUAAAAAUACAGUACAGUGGUACCUCGGGUUACAUACGCUUCAGGUUACAGACGCUUCAGGUUACAGACUCUGGCUAACCCAGAAAUAGUACCUCGGGUUAAGAACUUUGCUUCAGGAUGAGAAUAGAAAUCACGCAGCAGGGGGAGGCCCCAUUAGUUAAAGUGGUGCUUCAGGUUAAAAACAGUUUCAGGUUAAGAACGGACCUCCAGAAUGAAUUGAGUACUUAACCCGAGGUACCACUGUAUAGGAAACAAAAGAAGCAAUAAGAAUACAAUUAAAAAUCAGCAUGAAUAUUAAUCACAAAUCCACAGAAAUGCUAUGGACCACAGUUUGGAAACAGCCGCUUUAAAACCUUUUUGACAUUAAUCCCAACAGCCACACACGCCCCUAAACUGUGCGUACUUAUUUUUGCAACCCCAACAAAGCAUGCAAAUUAAAGCUGCAGCCCUAUACAUAAUUGUGUCUCAGUAAUUUCUGCUGAUUUCAAGUUAUUGAUUUUUGCGUAUAUAGAGCAUUUUCACCCCACUCUUCAGCUGAAAAGGCUCCCAGAGUGGCUUGCAGAAGAUCAGUAACAUACAAGCUUUUUUUGCCCAUAUGUUAGCAGUCUAAAAGAUGCAACACAAAAGAAAAAGGGGAUGGGGAGGGAAGAGGAAGAUGAACAAACUCCAGUGGCAAUUAUUACGUGGCAGUUCUUAUAAAAAGCCAGCUUGGAUGGAACAGUUCAGGAUGAAGAGAAGCCCCAAUGGAAUUGGCCCCCUAGCCUACUUGGUUGAGUGAGCUUCCUAUUUUUUCUUCUUGCUAUGGCCAUGCAGAAUGGCAGCCAUCAUUUUAGGUGUAGGGAAGGACUUUGAGCUCAGUAUCUGAGCACCCGCUUCACAUGCAGUCCUAGGUUAAAUCCGUUUCCUCAACUCCAAGAAGAAAGUCCAGGUGUUGUGAAAGACUUGCUUUGGCCAAAACAUGGAGAAGAUGUUGCUAACCAAUACAGGGCAUGGCAUAUAUAGGACAACAAAGUAAGCACAUUAGGAUUAAAUGCUAGUUUGGAGACCCUACAAUUUUAAAAGGCCAAGGGGGUGACCACCUGUGCAAUGGGUGGAUUAAUAAAAAUAAAUAAAUAAAUAAAUAAAUAAAUAAAUAAAUAUUAUUUAUACCCUGCCCACUUGGCUGGGUUUCCCCAGUCACUCUGGGUGGCUCCCAACAGAAUUAAAAGCACAAUAAAACAUCAGACAUUAAAAUCUUCGCUAAGCAGGGCUGCCUUAGGAUGUCUUCUAAAAGUCAGAUAGUUGUUUAUUUUCUUGACAUCUGAUGGGAGGGUGUUCCACAGGGCGGGCCCCACUUGUUUGCAUCAAGCAAACAACAGAGAACGCUGGAGAGAAUUUGAAGAGAUGUCUAUCCAAAGAUGGACAUGAAACGCUGUCGAAGAGGAAUAAAUAUGCUUCCCACAUCUGAAACAGAGUCAGUGUUGCGUAGUGGCUAGCUCAUUCUUCCCCAUUCUGGUACCUCCCAAGUAUUGUUGGACUUCCAUCAGACCCAGCCAACAAGAUCACUGGUCGAGGAUGAUGGGAUUUGCAGUUGGAAACAUCUGAAGAUACCUGAAGGGGGAACCGUGGGCUAGCAAGUAUUGAUGAGCGUGAUGUUGACAAUGCUGCAGACAACAGAUCUGAAGAACUGGGUACCACUUUGGGAGAUGUUUUAGAUGCUGCCCAAUGGAUUUAAGUGCUCUGUUGCUGGUUAAUGCAAGAGGCUGUACUGUUGGGAACCACAAGAGCCGGUUUGCGACCCCCCCCAGUCCAGCCUACAGAGGAGAGCAACCAGCUCUUCACUUGGUUACAGUGAUGAACACCCUUCCCCCCAUUCAAUUACUGAUAGAAGCAUCAUAUUUCUUUAGUAUUUUGGAGAAUCGGGCCUCGAGAGUGUAGUGUUGCCUGGAAGAUGUAGAUGGUUGCAAGAGUGCUGGGAAGUUUUAAUUGUGGCCCUGGGCUUUCAGCCAGAGUCGUGGUGUUCCAGGAUGACUGAUGCUCAGGGCAAGUCAACAUUAAAUUGUGGAUGCUCUAGAAACAGUCUCCCCUCCCACUUUCAUAAAAUGCCUUAUACGAAGUCAGACCUCUGGCCCAUCUACUCCACACCAGGGCUUAAGAACAUUAGGCCAAAUUCACCCCCCCCCCCACAAUCUUCUCUAUCUGGACCUCUGAUUAGGGCCACACCCCUUCUUCCUAGGAUACACAUUUCACCUUGAGAAAUUUUGCACCCCAAGAGGUUCUCUGUCUGUGGAUGGCCUGGCUGGAAUGUAUCCAUGAACUCUGAUAAUCAGGGUGGAUUUGAUUUAAAUCACUGUUUAAAUAAUGAUUUAAAUCACUAGUCAGUAAGACUUGAUCUAAAUCAUUUUUUAAAAUUUAUUUUAAUUUUUUUACAGAAAGACAUUCCUGUUGGUACAAUCUUAAUAUUUACAACCAUAUGAAGGUUUCAUUUUUGGAAUAAUAAAUUUUCAAAGUAGUUUUUCCCCCCAGUUAUAUAAAAAAUUACUGAUUUGGUUAUACUAUUAGAAAUACAUAGAUAAUUAUGAAAUUAUUGUGAGGUUUAAGAAGUUAACUGUUUAUAUUUGGACAACUUUUCUGUUGUACUUUAUUGGAAGGAGAAAAAUACCGUAUUUUUCGUCCCAUAGGACGCUCCGUCCCAUAGGACGCACCUAGUUUUUUGGGGAGGAAAUAAAGGAAAUUCCCCCCCCUUUAUUUCCCCCCCCCCAAACCAGGUCGGGGAACAGCGGGAUGGCGGCGCUGCAUCUCCCCGCUGUCCCCCGAGCUUGUGGGGCUGGCCGAUGUCUGCCCAAAGCGCGGGGCGCUCUGUGCAGCAGGCUGCUAUCUGCAGCCUAGGGAGCCCUGCGGGAACUCCCGCAGGGCUCCCCAGGCUGUGGAUAUCUGCCUGGCGCGCGGGGCGCUCUGCUUCAGGGUAUCCUGCGCGCCGGGCGGCAGGCUGCUAUCCGCAGCGUGGGGAGCCCUGUGGGAGUUCCCGCAGGGCUCCCCAGGCUUGCUGAUAGCUUCCUGAAGCCUGGAGAGUGAGAGGGGUCGGUGCGCACCGACCCUCUCACUCUCCAAGCUUCAGCAAAAGCCUGUAUUCGCCCCAUAGGACGCACAAGUGCGUCCUAUAGGGCGAAAAAUACGGUAAUCAUUUCCUGAGUAACAAUUUCCUUAAAAACCAACUUAGACUGAGUUUCAGCACACAUGAAAAACUUAUUUCCUGAUGAAUAGCCUUUGGACUAUUCUUAAAUAGAAAACUAUGUUUAAAAAGAUUUUUUCCUCUAAAAGCAUUUUAUUUUAAAAAUCCGAUUUAAAUAAAAAAAAUCAUUGAUUUUUAUCCACCCUGCUGAUAAUAGAAUAAGGGACUCCCUAAGGGACUCCGUAAGGUCAUCUAGUCAAACCCCUCAGCUAAAGCAUCCAUGACAGAUGCCUCUUUGCUUGUCUGGAUGAAGGACAGAGGUGUGUGUAGAACUGUACAGAGGUUUAAUCUGUUGCUCCAUGCACUUUUGCCUUUGGCCUUGCCUACCAUUGAACCCUGGAAGUUUACCCAGAAGGCAACACAGCUCCCAUGCUACAAAUGUAUUCCCACCAGUGGCUGUAUUGAGUUUCAGGCUCUAUAGAGUUUUCCCCAUCUGUGGCUGGAGAUGUGAGGCAUUGAUCCUGGAACCUUUUGCAUGCAAAACCCAUCUUCUGCUACUCCCAAGAAGAUCUGUGUCUGCAACAGGAUUGUUGCAGCACAGUGGACUUCCAUUUGAUUUCAGUAGUGCUGCUGCGGCUUCCUGCCUCGUUUCUUUCUCACGUCAAUCUCCCUGUCUGCUGAAAGAAACAGAACUUCUGCCACCUGCAUGAAGGGAAGGAGUGAAGGAAGUUUGAAGGCACUUCCUCAGCUGAGUGGAACACAGCUGGGUGGGCAAUGACAAAAAUAUAGCUGGCUUGGUAGGGCGUCCUCCCUCUUUUUGAGAAGGGACACUUGGGAGGAUAGCUUCAAAGAGAUCACUUGUUCUUUAGAGGUGGGGAACUUGUGCCUCUCCAGAUGUUGUUGAGCUAGUGCUGCCAUCAUCUCAGACCAUUGGCCAUGCUGCCUGGGAUAGAUGGGAACCGGAGUCCAGCCAAUCUCAAUUUAGGGCCCUAUUCAAUUUAGCAAAGCCCAGUAACAAACUCACAAGAAUUGGUGCUUUUGAAUUAUGGUCUGGAGGAGACUCUUGAGAGUCCCAUGGACUGCAAGAAGAUCAAACCUCUCCAUUCUUAAGGAAAUCGGCUCUGAGUGCUCACUGGAAGGACAGAUUGUGAAGCUGAGGCUCCAGUACUUUGGCCACCUCAUGAGAAGAGAAGACUCCCUGGGAAAGACCCUGAUGUUGGGAAAGAUGGAGGGCACAAGGAGAAGGGGAUGACAGAGGAUGAGAUGGUUGGACAGUGUUCUCGAAGCUAUCAGCAUGAGUUUGACCAAACUGUGGGAGGCAGUGGAAGACAGAAGUGCCUGGCGUGCUCUGGUCCAUGGGGACACGAAGAGUAGGACACCACUAAACAAGUAACAAACUCACAACCAGCGUAGGUAUCAUUCGGGUCCUUGGGCUAAUGCCCCUGAAGAGCCCAGCAAUUGUCUUUUCCUUCAGCUGCUUCUGUGCCCUGUCAUUUUCUCACAUUUUCAAGGCAAAAUUGAUACGUGACUUUUCCAAUAGGUUGCAUCCCUAUUUGUUUCCCUGGAGGAUCUCAAGCACACACGCACAAAUUCGAUCUCUCCUUGUAGCUUUCAGUAGAAGCCUCCGCCAAUAACUUCUUCCUCUAAAAAAACCAAAAAACUGAAGACCAGUUCUUGGAGUUAGGUAAUAUGCUGUCUUAUAAUUUUAUAUAGCUGAAUUGAAUUCCUCACACCCCUCUGCUUUAUGACCAGUUCUAGGAGAGCUUGGGACACGGGUUGCACUGUGGGUUAAACCACAGAGCCUAGGGCUUGCCGAUCAGAAGGUCGGCGGUUCGAAUCCCCACAACGGGGUGAGCUUCCGUUGCUCAGUCCCUGCUCCUGCCAACCUAGCAGUUCGAAAGCACGUCAAAGUGCAAGUAGAUAAAUAGGCAGGAAGGUAAACGGUGUUUCCGUGCGCUGCUCUGGUUCGCCAGAAGCGGCUUAGUCAUGCUGGCCACAUGACCUGGAAGCUGUACGCCGGCUCCCUUGGCCAAUAAAGCGAGAUGAGCACCGCAACCCCAGAGUCGGUCACGACUGGACCUAAUGGUCAGGGGUCCCUUUACCUUUACCUUUUUAGAAGAGCUUGCUGCCCUUUCCUUAGCCUUCUGGUUGUGUUGUCGGUAGAGCUACAUGUCUAGUGUGUUGGGGGCAUGGAGAUGACUUCAUCCAGGAACCCUCAAGCAUUUCAGACUUGACAAUUACAGUGGUGUGUUGGCGAGGAAAGGCAAAACCAGGAGAACACGUGGAGGAAGAGGCUGCAUCAUCAUAUGGCUUAAAAUACAAACACAGACAAGCUUUUAUAAAUAGAUAGUUCCAGGGUUUAUAUAAAAAUAAAUACACACGCCACAAUGAGAAUGAUAAUUAGAGUGCCAGGAAUCUGUGGGGAAAGGGCAGUGGCUAGAAUUAGGCAAGUCUUUGAUAGUUGUCCGUGUUUUGUAGAAUGUCUAAGGCGUGGCUAGGCAAACUAAGGCCCGGGGGCCAGAUCCAGCCCAAUCGCCUUCUCAAUCUGGCCCGCAGACAGUCCAUGAAUCAGCAUGUUUUUACAUAAGUAGAAUGCGUGCUUUUAUUUAAAAUGCAUCUCUGGGUUAUUUGUGGGGCAUAGGAAUUCAUUCAUUCACCCCCCAAAAAUAUAGUCCAGCCCCACACAAGGUCUGAGGGACAGUGGACCGGCCCCCUGCUGGAAAAGUUUGCUGACCCCUGGUCUAAGGGAUCCUCCCAGGCAUGUUUGAAACAGUAAGGGGACACCUAGACCAAGUUUUUGACCUACCCGCUGAGGGUUUUGCAUACAAGCUGCCCCCAAACUAACUAAACUCCUCAACCACCAUUCUUUUUAUAUAUACCCUGCUCAUCUGACUAGGCUACCCCAGCCACUCUGGGCGGCUUCCCACAAAACAUAAAGGAACAAAACAAAACAUAAAAACAUUAAAAGCUUCCCUAUACAGUGGAACCUUGGUUCCUGAAUCGUCUCCCAAACGCCGCAAACCUGGAAGUAAGUGUUCCGGUUUGCAAACGUUUUUCAGAAGCCAAACAUCCGUUUCGGCUGUCAGCAUUUUUCCCGGGGCCAAUCAGCCAAUCAGAAGCCGUGCCUUGGUUUUUGAACGUUUUGGAAGUCGAAAGGACUUCCAGAAUGGAUUGAGUUCGAGAACCAAGGUACCACUGCACAGGGCUGCUUUCAGAUGUCUUCUAAAGGUUGUAUAGUUACUUAUGUCCUUGACAUCUGAUGGGAAGGCGUUCCACAAGGUGGGUGCCACUACCGAGAAGGCCCUCUGCCUGGUUCCCUGUAACCUCACAGUGAAGGAACUGCCAGAAGGCCCUCAGUGCUGGACCUCAGUAUCUGGGCUGAAUGAUGGGUGUGGAGACGCUCCUUCAAUGUAUACAGGGCUGAGGCUGUUGAGGGCUUUAAACAUCAGCACCAACACUUUGAAUUGUGCCUGGAAACAUACAUUACAGAACCAUGGCUUUCCCCAAAGAAUCCUGGGAGCUGUAGUUUGUUAAAGGUGCUGAGAGUGGUUAGGAGACCCUCCUCACAGAGCUAUAAUUCCAGAGUUGCUUGUGAAGAGAGACUGGUUGUUAAACCACUUUGGGAAUUGAAUCUGUUUGGUCACUCUUGGUUAUUUAGCACGUUUAUAUUUCACAUUUCUUAUGUGAAUAAGUCUCUUAAUAAGACAUUUCCUGUUCUCUGGGGUGGAGGCUUUAAUGGCCUGCUUCAUUUGCAUUUGCUCCGCUUUCCUUUUUAUUGAAAACACACACAGAGAGAAAUGUUUAGAUACAAAUCAGAGAAAAUCAGUAAUUAAAGUCCCCCUUCCAAGGGGAAUAGGAACUGCCCAAUUAAGAGGCAAUUAAUCGGUAAUACCAUUGCUGCUCUGAAGAGGACACAGUUAGUGACAGAAUAAACUCAUGGAGGAAGUUUCUAAUUAAUAGUGCAGAAGAUCUUUCAUGGCAGAAUAAUCUCAAGGAGGAAGCUUAUAAUUAAUGGUGUAGGAGACCUUUGAAUGGAAUUUGCCUCAAAGUCAACAUCAUGGCGGAUCUUGGCAUGGAGGUGAGCAGUCAUGGAGAUUGUAGCUAUAUUAAGUGUUAUGAGGAUCUGCUGUGUUAAUUCUGUUUCCAGUUGACUGUGUGAAAGUUAGCAAUAUGGGCUCUUGGGCUGAAAGCAACACUGACCACCUUUCUUAGGUUUUAACAUAAUACCAUCUACAUUUCUUGAGGGGAGGUUACCAGAAUAUACAUUGUAAUUUAAACUUGCAUACAUCUGGGUCUGCUUAAGAUGAAAAAUUUUGUCUGAUGCAUUAUGUUAUGUACUGAAGUUCUCACCCUGGGCCAGCAGGGGGAUACUGUAGAUAGUUAUGCAAAUGAAGGAUCGAAAGUGACGUUCAGUGAUUGGAUAGUUUUAGAAAGUUGUUACAGUAACGUGGUACUGGAGCUCUAUAUAAGCAGGCUGACUGAGCCCUUCAGUUCAGUUCUGUCCUGGCCUGUGAAUAAAUAAGAGCUGUUUGAAGAAUCGCUGUGUCGUCUGAUAUAUUCACCCACAACCUAACACAUUACUUCUUCUUUUUUAUGUCCUGUUAAUGUGCAUGUUUGCAUAGCCCUGAUUACUGGUUUGUAUUAGCAAGUAAAUUAAUGAUUUAUUGGUUGAAUGACAACAAGUAUGCUAAUUGAGACAACAGCUCCCACAAUUUCUGGCAUAGAUGUUUAAUGAAAGCCAUACUCUUGAUUUGCCAUCUGGAUCAACCCAGAGAAUAAACUUGGGAUUUUCUGUAUUGGAAAUACAUCUAAAAAAGAAAAAAAAAUGUUUUAAGGUUUCUGUUACGGUAUGUAUUCUGUUUCUGAUUUUUAUUCUGUUUGUUGUGGCUCAGGGCUAAAGCAGCUAAAUUUGAUAGACAUCCUAUGCCCUUUUAAAAUGUGGGGCUUUUUUGGGAGGGGUUGUUGCUUUUAUAUUGAUGAUAUAUUUUGUGGUUUUAUAUUUUGAUUUUGUUCUGUGAACCACCGUGGGAGUGCCCUGAGACAUUACAGAAAAAAAGAAACUGUCAUCCUGUAUGAUGGUAGCAUUUGUGUGGCUGCAGGCCCACGAACUGGUCUGUGGUUUAGCCACAGAAUCACAGAAUUGUAGAACUGGAAUGACCCCAACAGAAAUCACAACUAAAGAGUCCCUGACAGAUAGCCAUACAAUCUCAGUUUAUAAACCCCAAGGAAGGAGAGUCCACAACCUCCCAAGGGAGACCGUUCCACUCUCAAACAGCUCUUACUGUCAGAAAGUUGUUUCUGGUGUUUAGUCAGAAUCUCCUUUUUGUAAUUUGAGUCCAUAGAUUCAGGUCCUAGCCUCCAGAGCAGGAGAAAACAAGCCUGCUUUUCCACAUGACAGCCUUUUAGAUAUUUGGCUAUCAGAUCUCCUCUUGGUCUUCUUUUUUCCAGGGUAAACAUACCCAACUUCUUCAACCAAUUUCUCAUAAGGCUUGGUUUCCAGACCCUUGAUAAUCCUGGCCAUCCUCCAAAUGUAAAUAUUCCGGCUUGUCAAUAACCUUCUUGGAUUGUGGCACCCAGAACUGGACACAGGACUCCAGGUGUGGUCUGACCAAGAUGGGAUAGAUGGGUACUAUGUAAAUCCCUUGAUCUGGAUACUAGACUUCUGUUGAUUAGACCCCUAGAACCUUUUCACAUGCACUACUGUCAAGCCAAGGGACACGGGUGGCGCUGUGGGUUAAACCACAGAGCCUAGGACUUGCCGAUCAGAAGGUCGGUGGUUUGAAUCCCCGCAACAGGGUGAGCUCCCGUUGCUCGGUCCCUGCUCCUGCCAAUCUAGCAGUUCGAAAGCAUGUCAAAGUGCAAGUAGAUAAAUAGGUACCACUCCGGCAGGAAGGUAUACGCCGUUUCCGUGCACUGCUCUGGUUCGCCAGAAGCGACUUAGUCAUGCUGGCCACAUGACCAGGAAGCUGUACGCCGGCUCCCUCGGCCAAUAAAGCAAGAUGAGUGCCGCAACCCCAGAGUCGGCCACGACUGGACCUAUUGGUUAGGGGUCCUUUUACCUUUACCUUACUGUCAAGCCAGGAUUUCCUCAUCCUAUAUUUGUGCAUCUGAUUUUUCCUUUGUAAGUAUAACCUUUGUCCCGACUGAAAUUCAUUUUGUUAGUUUGGGCCUCAGUUCUCCAUUCUGUUAAGGUGGUCUUGAAUCCUUUCCCAGUUUGGUGCCACCCACAAAUUUGAUUAGCGUUUUACAAAAAAGCAUUACAAUAUUUGGGCAAAUUGCAAGCUUUAAAUUAAUUAAAAAUAAGACCAAGCUGUUAGUUAAAAAUUUACCAGAACCAGACAAAACAGAACUAUAUCAGACCAUAGAAAUAGAGAUUCAUAAGAAAGUUAAAUAUCUAGGAAUUUGGCUUACAACCGAGGAUAUUAAUAUUUUCAAAGACAAUUAUGAAAAGAUUUGGAACGAAAUAAAAAGGAAUCUAGAGAUAUGGGGUAGAAUGAAUUUAUAAUUAUUAGGAAGAAUUGCAGCAAUUAAGAUGAACGCAUUGCCAAAAAUGUUGUUCUGGUUUCAGUCAAUACAAAAAAGCAUUGCACCGUAAACAUCCAUAGAACUAGUGUGAUAUUGUUGUUGUUUAGUCGUGUCCGACUCUUCGUGACCCCAUGGACUAGAGCGUGCCAGGUACUUCUGUCUUCCACUGCCUCCCGCAGUUUAGUCAAACUCAUGCUGGUAGCUUCGAGAACACUGUCCAACCAUCUCAUCCUCUGUCGUCCCCUUCUCCUUGUGCCUUCCAUCUUUCCCAACAUCAGGGUCUUUUCCAGGGAGCCUUUUCUUCUGAUGAGGUGGCCAAAGUAUUGGAGUCUCAGCUUCAGGAUCUGUCCUUCCAGUGAGUACUCAGGGCUGAUUUCCUUCAGAAUGGAUAGGUUGGAUCUUCUUGCAGUCCAUGGGACUCUCAAGAGUCUCCUCCAGCACCAUAAUUCAAAAGCAUCAAUUCUUGGCGAUCAGCCUUCUUGAUGGUCCAGCUCUCACUUCCAUACAUCACUACUGGGAAAACCAUGGCUUUAACUAUACGGACCUUUGUCGGCAAGGUGAUGUCUCUGCUUUUUAAGAUGCUGUCUAGGUUUGUCAUUGCUUUCUAGUGUGAUAUAAUGGUUAUUAAAGCAUCAGACUAGGACCUGGGAGACCAGGGUUCAUAUCCCCACUCAUUAUGAAGCUGACUGGGUGUCCUUGGGCUAGUCAUUGCCUCUCAGCCUACCCUACCUCACAGGUUUGUCAUGAGGAAGGGGGGGGCAGGUAUGACACCUUGUUUUUUUUGUUUUUUUAAAAUGAUAUUUAUUAAAGUUUCAAAAAAAGGUUACAUUGAUAAGAAAAAGAAAAAUAGAGAAAAGAAAAAUACAAAAUACAAAAAAACCCAAUUAAAACCAAUUCCAUCUUUUCAUCACUUAUCUUUCAUUUACUUGUUUCCCGGACCUCCUCAUGCCUCCCUUUUUUGUAUUCCAGUUCAAUUUAUUAGUUCAGCAAUUCCUUUCCCUCCUUAUUUUAUCCUAAUCUUUAAUCUUAAUAUAUUAUAGCAUUAAGUUUUGACCUAUUGAAAAUCCAGUUUUUCCAUAUUCUUUUACCAUUACAGCUAGAAACCACUUAACUUCAAUGCAACAUCAUUCUAACAUUCAUUAAUUUUGCAAUAUUUCUGUAAAUAGUCUUUAAAUUUCUUCCAAUCUUCUUCCACCAACCCAGGUAUGACACUUUGAGCACCUUGGAGGAAAAAAGUUGGGCUAUAAAUGCAACAAAUAAACCGAUAAUAAAAUGCACAUUAAAACAGUCCUUUCGGUCAAGCACACUGAGCAUCCUUUGCAAAUUGCACAGAACUGGGGGAACAUUCCCAGCUGAGUUUCAGCAAGCGGAAGCCUGGCACACAACUUAUUGUGAGACAAAUGAAUCUCCUCACUGUUUGGAUACUUCCUCCGCUGCCACAAUAUCCUCUCCGCCCCCCCCCCCUUGAAAAGACCUCCACAGCAAAUGGGAGGAAGACCAGCCCAGCUGCUUCCUGAGCUGGUAGCUCCUUCCAUACUUUUCUGUCUCCAGAGCCCCCAGGAAUAGGAUGCCUGCAACUGUUUUCAAAAAGUAUUUGCAGUGACAACUGGGUACAGUGGUACCUCGGGUUAAGAACUUAAUUCGUUCUGGAGGUCCGUUCUUAACCUGAAACUAUGGAUGGAUUUCCUCCUAAAUUGAUUUUAGAACUUUGAAUUUAUUGUUAUUCACACUUUUAUACUGUAUUUUAUGCUGUUUUUUGUUGUAUCACAAUUAAGUGUUUUAAAUUUGUUGUUAGCCGCUCUGAGCCCAGUUUUCUGAACCGGGAAGGGCAGGGUAUAAAUAAUUUAUUAUUAUUAUUAUUAUUAUUAUUAUUAUUAUUAUUAUUAACCCAAGGUACCACUUUAGCUAAUGGGGCCUCCUGCUGCCGCCACACGAUUUCUGUUCUCAUCCUGAAGCAACGUUCUUAACCUGAGGUACUAUUUCUGGGUUAGCGGAGUCUGUAACCUGAAGCGUCUGUAACCCGAGGUACCACUGUAUUAGACCCAUCAAGGUCUGCCAAAUAAUGGCCAGGUAUUUAAAGCACUAUUUUAGUAGAAUGGGGGGGGGGAAGGGAACGACUUUGGGGCUUUAAAAAGCCCAAGUUAGUUAACAGUUACCCCCCCCCCCAAUGUUGGAGUUGAAUUCUCAAGCAUUGUAAACCAGGGGUGCCCAAACUUUUUUCAAAGAGGGCCAGAUUUGAUGACGUGAACAUGUGUGAGGGCUGACCCAAGUUUUACAAUUUUACCCAGAAGUUGUUGAGCUUUUUUAAGGAUUUAACCCCAAAGUUGCUGAGCUUUUUAAAAACAAUUUUACAGAACAUAUACUGUCCCGGGGGCCUCAUUAGGCCCCCAUAACGGGCUUUGGCCAUGCCUGUUGUAAACAAUUCCAUAUAACUUAACAACAUAAUGCAAAUACAAGAUGUAAGUGGGAACAUGGUCUAGAGAAUGAAUCAUUCUUUCCAUUUAUCUCGGAAAUUCAGGAAAUAGCACGCAUGCUUACAAAUUCUGAAACUGAAUGAAGAAAACAGGCACACCAAAGAAAGUAGUCUGUUUUCAAAACGUAGGCAGGCUUAUAGUGCAGGGGAGGGGAAAAUGUAUUUUAUUUAGAUCUAGGGGUCUUAGGACACCAUAUCAGAAGGUGGUGGCCUCUCUUUCCGAAGGUUCGUUGGCCAUCUAUCAGGGCCUCCUUAGUUGUGAUUCCUGCUUUGCAGUGGGUCGGACUAGAUGACCCUUGGGGUCCCUUCCUGUCACGGCUGAAAUGGCCGCUGUUUCUUUAAUGCUUAAAAAAGCUGGGUCAGCAUGAGUCAGCGGCCUGCACCGGGUUGUAUAUAUAGAGUGAGAAAUGUUGGGUUGGGUUGGUUGGUUGGUGAAAGCUGAUAGUGGUGAUGUGUGUACAGUUGGUCAGUCGCUUUUGCAGAAAGACUUUUAAGAAUAAAAGCAGAAAGUUCUCUGCAGGGAUACUCUUCUGGUGGUCUCUUUUAUGCCGACAAGGGUCCGAGGACCAGGCUGAGGCGACAAAGAGGUCAGAACCCUUUUGCUUUUUACAAACACUGACACUUGCAACUCUGCAGUUCUAUGAUUCUAUCAUUGGUAUAGUCCGUAAACCAUUUAAAAGCCUAUUUUGGCAUUAAGCAGGAUAGAAAUUCCAUUAGUAGUAAUAAUGUGUGCCUUACUGGUCUUUUGGCAAUCUCCGACACAGCCAACGGGUCUUGCAGAGAGAGACUUUGUUUUGUUUCAGAGUCCUUGUUUUGUAUAGUGAUGCUGACUUGGCAACAUCAGUGGGGCUGGAGAUGCUGCAAGACCACGUCUUCCACCACCCCUGGCCAUUGGCCCUGCUGGCUGUAGCUGAUGAGAGUUAGAUCCUGACAGUAUCUGGAGGCCCACCGGCUUCCCAGCCCUGCUUUACAGAGAGAAGCUCCCUGCCCCAAAGAGAUUCCAAUCUAAAAUCCGAAAGGGUCAUUGGGACUGCAGAGGGAUAAGCAGAGGCAGGAUGUGUGAUCAUUUCAGGAGUGGUGAAGCUGUGACCCUCCAUAUGCUGUUGGAUUACAACUCCUCUCAUCCUUGACCAUUGGACCUGCUGGCUUGGACUCUGGGGAGCUGGAGUCCAGCUGCAUCACAGAGCGACAGGUUGCCCAGGAGCCGACUAAUCCAGAGAUGGAAUUGUCUUUUGAGGAGUUCAUGGCUGAUUUUUUUUGGUCCUUUUUUUCCUCCUAGGAAGGUGUGAAGAUUUGCUCUCACUAA